AUGAACAAGAUCGGUGUAUUUUUAACAGUGGUAGUGGCGAUUACAAACUGCAGUGGUGUUAUUUAUUCGCUUAAUGAUGCGGAAUUGGAGCUCUUCCCCCCUGUCUACCGAUGGGAGGACAGUGAAAAAUGUAUGAAGGAACCGAAUGGUGUGUACUGCGUCGUCGAUGCGAACUUAGUGACCGACACCCCAAAUCCGUUGCUUAACACAAUACACGAAUACUCCCAGCACACAGCCUUGCAUUACAACCGUACGUAUAUAACAUACGGGAUUUGUCUCACUUCAAGCUGCAAGAGCUUCAACAAUUUAGACCGGAAACAGAACAUCGAGGGAUGUUUAAAUGAAACGUUAUGGCGUGAAUAUAAGCUUAAAACCAAAUUACACGAAGAGCCAGCCUGUAUUCAACAAGGAAAACAAUUCGAAAUAACCACUACUGAUCUCGCCGUAGCUGCUUUGUUCGCGUGGAUUGUAUUUCUGAGUUUCAUAGGAACUAGUUACGAUUUGUAUUUCAAAGACAGACUAGAUUUUCAGUUUUUGGCAAUCUUCUCUGUAAGAAGACAUUGGGACAAACUUGUUGAUACUAGUGAGAAAACUAACAGCAUACAAAAUCGAUUGAAAUGUCUUGACGGCAUAAGGGCAAUUUUUCUCAUACUUCUGUUUGGCUGUCAUGCUUGUUUCCUCGUUAUUAUAAACGUGUCUAAUCCAUCUGCUGUGGAAGAAAGCUUCGCAGUGGAAUGGCUGCAGCCGCUGAUGAACAUGCAUCUAUCGAUGUCCUGUUUCUUCCUAAUCUCCAGCACAUUAUUGUCAUACAACCUACAAAUAAGUAAAGAGAAGAAGGAUAUAACAAAAGUGGAGAUUUUAAGGCGAAUGCUUAAGCGUUGGUGCAGAUUGACACCGACGUAUGCCAUUGUACUUCUAUACAUCGUAACUUGGUACAGGCAUCAAGGUUCUGGACCUUUUUGGAUGUCCAUAUACAAAAGCAGAAUAGAGCCAUGCCGCGAAAUUGGUUGGUACAAUAUACUAUAUGUCAACAAUUUUCUCAGUAGCUCCAUGUGUAUGCUUCAGACUUGGUAUUUAGCAGCCGAAAUGCAGUUACAUCUUCUGGGUCUUAUUGUUUGUAUAAUUUUUAAUGGCACUACCAGGAGGAUAGUAUUGUGUGCUUUAUUUAUGGUGGGACUAAUCAUUCCAGCUAUCCUAACGUAUAUACAUGACCUGGAUAUGCAAUUGAUGACUUCCAUAGAAUUAGUUAGAAAAUAUUUUCUGCCAAACCCAACUUUUCAACACGUCUACAGACACAGUUAUACCAACGUAAGCUGUUAUGCCAUGGGUUUGUCUUUAGGUCUGAUUGUGUACCACUUGCAGCUACAGAACUUCAAUAUACAAAAGUAUAAGAAUUAUCUUCCUCUAUAUUACUUUGCGUUGCUGGUGAACGCUGGAGUCAUAUACCUGGGCAGCGUUCCUUAUGCCAACGCACCAAGAUUGUCGAUCACGAUAAGAGUGGUUUUAGCAGCCAUAAUGAAACCAGUACUAGCUGGAGGAACGGCUGUAUUAAUUUUUGGAGCUAUUUUCAAAUAUGAAGAUAAGCUGCGAUCGUUUCUUGAAUGGAAGGGCUGGACUAUAUUAUAUCGCUUAUGUUAUAGUGCUUAUCUCGUCCAUUUAUCGCUAAUCGAUUACCAGUUUGCCACAAGCGACUUGAGACGUGCUAGCUAUAUAGAAAUGGCGAUACUUGCUUUUGGAGUAAUAGCAGUGUCGUUCAUAGUUGCUUUGAUGUUGUGGCUUUUGGUCGAAAGCCCUUUGGCUGAAAUCACCGACCAAGCAUUUAAAGAGAAGAAUAUUUCCCUUAAAGAUAACUCGAUAGUAUCCAACGGGAAGAAAACCACAUAG